AUGUCUCUCCCAGCGUCCGCAAACGCGUCGUCAACAUCGAUGGGCACCGUGCCGCAAGACACAAAGCCCACUGAGCUCACCGUGGCGGAGCCCACGCCUCCGCCUCCGACGAAGCGCGGAUGGCGCUUCUGGGUCAUCUUCCUCGCCCUCUGUCUCUCCCUCUUUCUCACCGCCCUCGACUUGGCUUCUGUGUACACGGCGCUGCCGUCGAUCGUCCAUGACCUCGAAGGCGCGGACUCCUUCGUUUGGAUCUCUUCCGUGUACACGCUCUCAUGCGCGGCCGUGCUCCCCAUGAGCGGCCGCCUCGCGGACAUCUUUGGCCGGCAAAUCGUUCUGCUUGGCGCUAUCGUCCUCUUCGCCGCCGGCUCCGCUGUGACCGGCGCCGCGACGAGCAUGGGCAUGAUCAUUGCGGGCCGAACUAUACAGGGCGUGGGGUCCGGUGCGAUCCAGGUGCUGGUCGCGAUUGUCACCGCAGACCUCAUACCGCUGAAGGAGCGAGGGCUGUUCCAAUCCAUCACCGGCGCUACGUUCAGCUUUGCAACGGCCACGGGGCCUUUCAUUGCAGGGGCACUUUCCCAGCAUGCGAGUUGGCGAUGGCUGUUCUAUAUCAAUCUUCCGCUCUGCGCCCUGGCGUUCACUGUUGUCCUGAUCUUCCUGCGUCUGCGCAAGCCCCCGAUUGAGAGCUACAAGAAGGUGUUCUUCUCGGUAGACUGGAUCGGGAACGGGUUGAUCAUUGCGAGCUCGACAUCAUGCAUCGUCGGCCUCACAUGGGCAGGGAUCCGGUUCCCCUGGUCAUCCGCGCAGGUGAUUGCCCCGCUGGUCAUCGGCGUCCUCGGGCUCUUCGGCGCGCUGGCGUAUGAUGCGUAUUGGGCAUCACAUCCCAUAAUCCCCGUUGCGAUUAUCAAACACAGAACGACUUUGGGAGGAUAUAUCGGGUCAUUCUUCCACAUCAUGGUCGCGAACAGCAUCACCUUCUACCUCCCGACGUACUUCCAGGCAGCGAAGAUAGCGCCGCCGCUCUUGUCAGGGCUGUACAUCUUCCCGACAGUCAUCUGCAUCUCGCCCUCGGCGAUUCUGCAGGGCAUUCUCGUCAGCAAGACAGGCAAAUACCGCCUCAUCAACUUCAUCGGCUGGUGCGGGAUGGCCAUCGGCGUCGGCCUCCUGACGCUGCUCAACGAGAACACGCACGUCGCGGUCACCAUCCCGUUCCAAAUGAUUGCCGCAAUCGGCGUCGGGUUCGUGUACUCGACGACGUUCUCAGUGCUUGCGCCGCUCGAGCCAACACAGAACGCAGCGGCGCUGAGCUUCCUGUUAUUCAUGCGCACAUUCUCCUCGGCAUGGGCAUCCUCCAUCUCAGCGACCAUCUUCCAGAACCGCCUCCAGGCCCACCUCCCCACUGCGUUCCUGGACCUCAUCCCUUCAGGGCAAGACGUGACGUACAGCGGGAUCCCGCUCAUCCCGUCGCUAGCGCCCGAGCUCCAGGACACAGUGCGCAGCGUGUUCGCGGAAAGCAUCCGCCUGGUGUGGUACAUCUCGCUCGGACUGUGCGCGGCCGGCUUCGCGAGCGUCGCGGUGCAGAAGCACGUGCCCCUGCACACGAAGAUGGACAACCGCUUCGGGAUGAAAGGGCCGGAGAAGGGUGCGGGCGUAGACGCAGAGAAGGCUCCGGAAGCGAGUGACGUCUCCCCGGCGGAGAACACAGAAGGCUCGGAGAAGGGGGCACCGGUGGAGAAGACCCCGGGCUCUGUCGUGGAGGUGUCGAUGCGCGACCGGGAUUCUGAUGGGCGGUCUUGAGAUCGCGCUGGGGGGAGGUUAAGUAUGUAUCUUUAUGUGAGUCCGCGUUCGCUCAUUUUGCUGUGUAUAAGUUAGAGAUCUGUCUCCCGUACUGUGGGCCUAGCGCCGCCCUGUACUUCCCCUCCCUGCUGUACUUAUUGAAUUACACUCGUUCC